AUGAGCUGCUGUGGCUGUUCCGGAGGCUGUGGCUCCAGCUGUGGGGGCUGUGGCUCCAGCUGCUGCAAGCCUGUGUGCUGCUGCAAGCCUGUGUGCUGCUGCGUGCCUGCCUGUUCCUGCUCCAGCUGUGGAGGCUGCAAGGGAGGCUGUGGCUCCUGUGGAGGCUGCAAGGGAGGCUGUGGUUCCUGUGGGGGUUGCAAGGGAGGCUGUGGUUCCUGCGGAGGCUGUAGCUCCUGUGGAGGCUGCAAGGGAGGCUGUGGCUCCUGUGGGGGGUGCAAGGGAGGCUGUGGUUCCUGUGGAGGCUGCAAGGGAGGCUGUGGUUCCUGUGGAGGCUGCAAGGGAGGCUGUGGUUCCUGUGGGGGGUGCAAGGGAGGCUGUGGCUCCUGUGGAGGCUGUGGCUCCUGUGGGGGCUGUGGCUCCUGUGGAGGCUGUGGCUCCUGUGGGGGCUGUGGUUCCUGUGGGGGCUGCAAGCCCUGCUGCUUCCACUCCUCCCAGGAGAUGGAUACUAAAGAUCUGCAGCACCUUGUGAAGGACACCACACCCAGUCAGGAAAUAGACAACUGCACCAGUAAGCUGUGCUGA